GAGGGCGGGGCGAGGCCUGCGCGGGGACGGAGCGGCCGCGGCCCCCGGGGACGGAGCGAGCGGCCCGGGCCGCCCCCGCACAGCCAUGGAGCCGGGCCGCCAGGCGCUGCCGCUGGAGAACGCCUCCAUCCUCUCCGAGGGCGCGCUGCAGGACGGGCACCGCCUCUGGAUCGGCAACCUGGAUCCCAAGAUCACCGAAUACCACCUCCUCAAACUCCUUCAGAAGUUUGGCAAAGUGAAGCAAUUUGACUUUCUAUUCCACAAGUCUGGUGCUCUGGAAGGGCAGCCCAGGGGCUACUGUUUUGUCAACUUUGAAACCAAACAGGAAGCAGAGAAGGCGAUCCAGUGUCUCAAUGGGAAGCUGGCCCUGUCCAAGAAAUUGGUGGUGCGGUGGGCACACGCACAAGUCAAGAGAUAUGAUCACAAUAAGAAUGAGAAGAUCCUUCCAAUCAGUCUGGAGCCAUCUUCCAGCACGGAGCCACCCCAGUCCAACCUAAGUGUCAGUGCAAAAAUCAAGGCCAUUGAAGCCAAGCUGAAAAUGAUGGCAGAAAAUCCAGACGCGGAAUAUCCUGCGGCACCUGUUUAUUCUUACUUCAAACCACCGGAUAAGAAAAGGACUACUCCAUACUCCAGAGCUGCCUGGAAAUCCAGAAGAUGAUGCUUAUGAAUGGAUGAUGGUAGCAAGAAGCACUGCUUUGUAUACCUGGAGUCCUCCAAUGCUUUUGUACUUUUGUAGAGUGGGAAGGACGGUGCCACCUGAGCGGGGCACGGCCAGCACAGCCCUCUGUCACACCCGAGGGUCUGCACGCUCCUGCCUGUGCAGCUCACAGCUGAAGGCUGUUGAGAGAAAUAGGUUCCCUUCAAAGCCUCUGAUGAACACACAGGCAAACCUCUUGUUAGUGUGCAUUCAUUAGCCAGAUUAGAAACAGUAACCAGCGUUCGGAGUAAAGCACAUCCAAAAAUACUCCAUUUAACUGAUUACUUUUUAAAGUAUUUUUGAACAAAAUGUAUUCCAAUUCAUGUUUUAAUGGAAAGGGAAGCACUUGGUUUUGAUUAACAUGCUGUAGUUAUAAUGGAAAAAACUUUUUCAUCUCAAUAAAACUCAUUUUAAAUAGAUCUUGCAA